ACUGGACAGACGGACAGAGACGAAGAAAACGUGGAGAUAGAAGAUGAGGGCAAAAAGGAAGAUUCCAAAGAACCAGAAUCGAAGACCUAUGUUGACUCAAAAGACGCAGAGGAAUCGAAGACCGCAGGUGAUACCAAAAAGGAACGAGGCUCGAAACCCGCAAUAAGUUCUAAAGAGAAAGAAGGAUCUAAAGAGGAACAGGGCAUGAAACCCGCAAAAAGUUCUAAAGAGAAAGAAGGAUCUAAAGAAGAACAGGGCUCGAAACCCACAAAAGGUUCCAAAGAGAAAGAAGGAUCUAAAGAAGAACAGGGCACGAAACCCGCAAAAAGUUCCAAGGAACAAGAAGAAGAAUCAAAAGGUCCAGAAAGUUCAAAAGCAGACAAAGAAUCCAAAAAACCAAAGAAAAAAGCUGACGAGAAAGCAAAAGUGACCAAAGCCGACUAUCACGUCGAGCGGUUCCGAACGCCCAGUGGUCGCCUGUUCUUCCGCUUUACACCGGAAGGAUACUUUGAGGCGGAGGAAGCGCUAGCAGCCAAGAAACCGGGCGGAAAAACAGAACCGAAAACACCACCAAUAGCACCAGCACCGAAAGCAUCACCGGCACCAGCACAAAAAGCAUCGCCGCUACCAGUGGGUAAACUAUCACCGGCACCAGCAGCACAGGCACCGCCCGGAAAAACACCACCAGCACCAGCAGCACAAGCACCACCCGCACCACUUGGGAAAGCACCACCGGCACCAGCAGGAAAACCGCCACCGGCAUCACCAGGACAGGUGCCGCCCGCACCACUGGGGAAGGCAUCGCAGCCACUAGCGGGGAAACCGCCACCGUCAUCACCAGGACAAGCACCGCCGGCAAAGGCGUCGCCGGUACCAGCAGGAAAACCGCCACCAGCAUCACCAGGGCAGGCACCACCCGCACCACCGGGGAAAGCAUCACCAGCGCCACCAGGACAAACACCACAAGCACCACCAGCACAAACACUACCGGCAUUGCCAGCAAAAGCGCCACCCGCACAAAUACCACCAGUACCAGCGGGAAAAGCACCACCGGCAGCAGCGGGGAAAACGUCACCUGUGGCACCAGGACAAGCAUCACCAGCGCCACCAGGGAAGGCGUCACCGGCAUCACCAGGAAAACCACCACCUGCUCCAGCUGCAGCACCAGCAACUCCUCAGCAGAAACCGAGCCCUCCGGCAAAAGGCAAAUGA